AUAUUAUUUUCUCUUAUAUUAUAAAUUUAAGUACUCAUUCACCUCAGUACUACGCAAAUGUGGUCUGAAAUGCUUUUCACAAACUAAAACUUCGGUAUUUUAUUUUAUUAUUAAUGUUUUUUCUCAAUCUUCAUAAGGUUGUGAAGCAGGGCUGAAACAAAAAGUAUACCAGAUAUCUAACAUACAAAAUUAUGGAUCUCCCAGAGGGAAGUGAAUCAUUUCAAGCUCAAUCCCACUUGUAUAAACACAUGUUAAACUACAUAAGCUCCAUGUCUCUCAAAUGCGCAGUUGAGCUUGGCAUACCAGACAUAAUCCACAACCAUGGCCGACCCAUCGCUCUCUCUGAUUUGGUCACAGCACUGGAGAUUCACCCAUCAAAAACUAGCUUCGUUUACAGGCUCAUGUCCCUCUUGGUACACUCCGGUUUCUUUGCUGCAACACUACCACUUCAUACAAAACAAAAACAAGGAGAUCACAGUAAAGGAGAUGAAGAAGCAGAAGCAGCAUAUGAUCUCACCCCUCAUUCGAGGCUCCUCCUAAAAGAUAAGGUCCCAUGUCUGUCACCACAUAUUCUUACGCUUUGUCCUGCUUUUCUAACUGCAUGGCAAUUCUUGGGAAACUGGCUUAAAGGGGACAAAGGAACUAAUCCAUUUGAGAUUGCACACGGAAUGACGCUUUGGGAAUAUGCAGAUCAGAACCCAGCAUUUAACAAUCUAUUCAACGAAGCAAUGGCCAGUGAUUCUGGGAUGCUGAACUUGGUUAUUAGAGACUGCAAACCUGUUUUCCAAGGCUUGGGUUCUUUGGUUGAUGUAGGAGGAGGUACAGGAAAAGUCGCUAAAAUCAUCUCCGAGGCAUUUCCUCAGUUGAAGUGCACAGUGCUUGACCUGCCCCAUGUGGUUGCUAAUUUGCACGACACAGAGAAGGUGAAGUUUAUUGGAGGCGAUAUGUUUCAUUCUAUCCCUCCAGCUGAUGCCCUUCUGCUUAAGUUGACUUUACACGCUUAUAGUGACGAGGAAUGCUUGAAAAUUCUAAAGAAAUGCAGAGAAGCAAUUCCAAGCGAGGGAGGAAAGGUUAUUAUCAUAGAUAUAGUGAUUAACAAGGAAAAGGAGGAGCACCAGGUGACAGAAGCAAAGCUGUUUUUUGACAUGUUGAUGAUGGUUGUGGUUACUGGAAGAGAGAGAAGCGAGAGAGACUGGGAAAAGCUCUUCUUGGAGGCUGGUUUCAGAAGCUACAAGAUUUUACCCUUAUUUGGUUUAAGGUCUCUAAUUGAGGUUUAUCCUUGAUUAGGAAUCCUCAUUCUAUUGAGAAAUUAUGCUUGUCACGAUUGAUCAACGGCUAAAUAAAUUUAUUGUUUUAGAUAUUAUCAUGAUG